CUUGUUCCGGCUCGCCCAAGAUGGCGGCCCCCAGAGCGGGAGCGUGAAAGUUGUCAGUGAAAGGAACUGUCCGCCCGCGCUGGAAUCGAAACAGUGGGGACCGUGCGCCAUGUCGCGACUGAUCGUGAAGAACCUCCCAAAUGGGAUGAAGGAGGAGCGUUUCCGGCAGCUCUUUGCCUCCUUCGGCAACCUAACCGACUGCAGCCUGAAGUUCACCAAGGACGGCAAGUUCCGGAAGUUCGGCUUCAUCGGCUUCAGAUCGGAGGAAGAGGCCCGAUCGGCGCUGAACCAUUUCCACAAGAGUUUUAUUGACACAUCCCGGAUCACGGUGGAGUUCUGCAAGUCGUUCGGGGACCCGACGAAGCCCCGAGCCUGGAGCAGACACGCUCAGAAAACAAGCCAGUCCAAGAGCCCUUCAAAAGACAGAGACUCCGUCCCCACAGAACCUAAGAAAGACGACAAAAUGAGAAAGGUGGCAGGUGAGCUGGAGAAGCUGAAGGAAGACACUGAGUUCCAGGAGUUCCUGUCAGUUCAUCAGAAGCGGACGCAGACAGCCACCUGGGCGAACGAUGCCGUGGACGCCGAGGCCCCGAAAGGGAAGGGCAGGCCUGCCAGCGACUACCUGAACUUCGACUCCGACUCAGGGCAGGAGAGUGACGAGGAGGGGGCUGGGGAGGACCCGGAAGAGGAUGGCAACCGCGAACCCAGGGCGGCCGUGCAGAAGGAGCUGUCGGACAUGGAUUACCUGAAAUCCAAGAUGGUGAUGUCCGAGUCGCUGUCAUCCUCAGAGGAGGAGGAGAGUGAAGAUGAAGCCGUCAGCUGCGCGGACGGCAGUGAGGCCGAGGAAGAGGCCGCCCAGCCAAAUGGCCCGGAGCCGGGUGCGCCGUCCGGGAACAAGAUGCCGGGGGCGGCCAGAGCUGAGGCAGACACACCAGCAGCCCAGAAGGAGCCCACCACCCCGCACACCGUGAAGCUGCGGGGAGCCCCGUUCAACGUCACGGAGAGGAACGUCGUGGAAUUCCUGGCCCCCCUGAGACCAGCGGCUAUCCGCAUAGUGAGAAAUGCUCACGGGAACAAGACAGGGUACAUCUUUGUGGAUUUCAGCAGCGAAGAGGAAGUGAGGCAAGCUCUGAAAUGCAACAGGGAGUACAUGGGCGGGCGCUACAUCGAGGUGUUCAGGGAAAAGAGCAUCCCCACAGCCAAGGGGCCCCUGAAGAGCAGCGCCAAGCCCUGGCCAGGCCGCACCCUUGGGGAGAACGAAGAGGAGGAGGACCUGGCCGACUCUGGGAGGCUCUUCGUACGAAACCUGCCCUACACCAGCACCGAGGACGACCUGGAGCAGCUCUUCUCCAGAUUCGGUCCCCUGUCUGAGCUUCAUUACCCCAUCGACAGCCUGACCAAGAAACCCAAGGGCUUUGCCUUCGUCACCUUCAUGUUUCCCGAGCACGCCGUGAAGGCCUACGCGGAAGUGGAUGGGCAGGUGUUCCAGGGUAGGAUGCUCCACGUGUUACCGUCCACCAUCAAGAAGGAAGCCAGUGAGGACGCUGAUACCUCAGGGUCAUCUUCUUAUAAGAAGAAGAAAGAAUCCAAAGACAAAGCCAACAGCUCCAGCUCCCACAACUGGAACGCGCUGUUCAUGGGCCCGAACGCCGUGGCUGACGCCAUUGCACAGAAAUAUAGCGCCACCAAGAGUCAAGUGUUUGACCAUGAGACCAAAGGCAGUGUGGCCGUGCGUGUGGCCCUAGGGGAGACCCAGCUCGUCCAAGAAGUGCGGCGUUUCCUCCUUGACAACGGGGUCAGCCUGGACUCCUUCAGCCAGGCCGCAGCCGAGCGAAGCAAGACUGUAAUUCUGGUGAAGAACCUUCCAGCAGGCACCCUGGCAGCUGAGCUGCGGGAGACCUUCGGCCGCUUCGGCAGCCUGGGCCGCGUGCUGCUGCCCGAGGGCGGCGUCACGGCCAUCGUGGAGUUCCUGGAGCCGCUGGAGGCCCGCAGGGCCUUCCGACAUCUGGCCUACUCCAAGUUUCACCACGUCCCCCUGUAUCUGGAGUGGGCUCCGGUGGGCGUGUUCUCCAGCUCAGCCCCGCAGAAGAAGGAACCCCAAGACCCACCAGCAGGACCUGCAGGAAAGGAUGCGGUGGAGCCAGAAACCUUGCCAGAUGACGGGACCCCAGAAGGUGAAAAGCCAACAGAGGGAGGAGCUGAGGAUGCUCCAGCCAAAGUGGAAGAGGAGGAGGAAGAAGAGGAGGAGGAGGAGGAAGAGAGCCUCCCCGGGUGCACUCUAUUCAUUAAAAAUCUCAACUUCAGCACCACUGAGGAGACCCUGAAGGAGGUGUUUUCCAAGGCGGGUGUGGUGAAGAGCUGCUCUGUUUCCAGGAAGAAGAACAGAACAGGAGAGCUGCUGUCCAUGGGGUUUGGGUUCGUGGAAUACAGGAAGCCGGAGCAGGCCCAGAAAGCCCUCAAGCAGCUCCAGGGUCACAUCGUGGACGGCCACAAGCUGGAAGUGAAGAUCUCAGAACGAGCCACCAAGCCAGCACUGACAUCCGCACGGAAGAAACAAGUUCCCAGAAAACAGACGACCUCGAAGAUUCUGGUGCGCAACAUCCCCUUCCAGGCCGACAGGCGGGAGAUCCGAGAGCUCUUCAGCACCUUCGGGGAGCUGAAGACCGUCCGCUUGCCGAAGAAGAUGGGCGGGACAGGCUCGCACCGAGGGUUUGGCUUCGUAGACUUCCUCACCAAGCAGGAUGCUAAGAGAGCCUUCCACGCCCUGUGCCACAGCACCCACCUGUACGGCCGGCGGCUGGUGCUGGAGUGGGCCGACUCCGAGGUGAGCCUGCAGGCCCUGCGGCGGAAGACGGCCGAGCGCUUCCACGAGCCCCCGAAGAAAAAGCGGUCUGUGGUGUUGGACGAGAUCCUGGAGCAGCUGGAAGACAGUGAAAAUGACAGUGAGGAGCAAACCCUUCAGCUGCGAGCUGGCACCGAGAGGGUUUAGGGAGAAAACUGCCGCCUCCGUCCACGAAAGUCCCCAGGUGUGGCGCUGAGCCCACGAGACCGGCCCAGACGCUGCUGCUCUCGCCCUGGCCUCCAGGGCUGCCAGCCGGGCCUCCCACCCACUGCCACCCACAGCGGCGCGCCCAGCUCGGGACUUGGCCUCCGUCCAGCUCCAAGGUCAUGUGGGACCUCGAGCCCCGGUGUGACCGCCGGGGACGGAGCGCGGGGCUGGAGACGUGUCAGAGCUGCUCACGGAGCCGCGUCUCUGAUGGUGGACACCCUCUGCUCGUGGGCGGGGGACCCCGUGAGACGUGCCCCGGCCCUGGUGAGCAGCGUCAAAGGGCUUAUCCUGGGCCUGGGGCGCCCGUGCAAACACACCGGAAAGAUGGACCCCCCAGCGGGGAGGGGGAAGGGCCACAGCUGGUCUGGUCAGGGUCCGAACCCCAGAGUCGCCCUUCUCAGCUGUGUGGCCACAGACCAGGGAGGUCCCCUCUGCCCCCCAGCUUCUCUUCCUGUAAGAGGGCGCGACCUUGUGCCAACCCGGGGUGUGACAGGCUCGGCCACACCCUAGUAAAGCCCGGAGAAAAGGCCCAUCAGCACUUUUGUUCUGGACUUGGGGCCUCUGGCUGGGGCUGCUGGUGCCAGCCCGGAUCCUUCUGACUUCGCAUGGCCCUGGGUCUGGUUUCUGGAGGCGGGUGGGGGGAGGGGUCCAGUCUUCAUCCGGCUGCCCGAUACCAGGCGUAACCACAGCGUGCCGGUGGGGCUGUCCGGCGGGGUCCGUGUUCAGUCCCGCCCGGGCCAGGCCCUCAGGGACCCGUCUUCCCAGUUGCCGUGAGUCUUGGGGGUGACGGGCCCAGCCCGUCCUCCCUGCCGCCUGUCCUGUUUAGUGGCACAAGGUGUCUUCCCGGUUGAACACAGUUUGCGCUCACACUGCCAGAGCCAGGCCAACGGGGGCGGGGGGGGGCGGGGUCCGUGUCCCCAACAGGGUCACAGACCCCUGGGCCUGGCACACAGGAGGCACCGCCGGCACAGACGUGACUGACUCUGGUGACAGCACCAGAGUGUCCCCAGGGCGGGGUUGUCCAGGUCCUGCGGCGCUGGGCGCCCUUCCCUCCCUCCUGCCCCGCCCGGCCUCCCUGCCCCCCACCCAGGGGCUCACUGUCCAGACAGGGAGCAGCCACAUAAGCAACUGAGAGCAGUGCACCCGACUCCCCUGGAGAUCAUGGGGUGCCCCAUCACCCCGCCUUUGUGCCACGCUGGCUCUCUGGGACGUCCCUGGGGGCUGCCCCCCGCAUCUCCUCCCUGCCCCGUCCCCAGGGACGCUGCAUUCUCUACAGGCAGAGGGACCCAGCUGGGUCCAUGAACUGGAUCACACAAGUCAUAGCUUUAAACCCUUGAGGGCCCACCACACACUUGAAAUAAAGUCACACUCCUCACCCAGCAAGAA